AUCUUCAAGAAAAAUUGAUAGACAAAAAGAAAAGAAGAAAAACAAAACUGAAAUUUUUAAUUAAUAAUGGCACAACUGCAACGUCCUGAGAAAGUUGAUGAAUGUAUUCAAGAAACUACACAAUUUGAAACUAAGGAUGUUAGCAAAACCAGUAAUAAGAAUAAUAAGGAGGAUACUGCCUCCUUUAAAUUCAAUGUCCAAGCCCCUGAGUUUGUGCCAAGAUCUCAUACUACUACAACCCCAAUUUCAAGUUACUUUUACCCAUAUUUCCAGUAUCUUUCUGGGGGUACUGCUGCUUCUGAUUGGUUAUACGUAGGUGAUCAAGAUACUAUUUCCUAUGUUCCCAAUCAAAAUUUCUCUGCUGUUGGCCAGACUCAGAAAGAUGUCCUUCCUGAAGAGGUCAAGAACAAGAUCAUUAAACAGGUUGAAUACCAACUUAGCGACAUGAGCUUGCUGGCAAAUGAGAACUUAUUGAAACAGAUGAAUAAGGACCCUGAAGGCUUUGUCCCAAUUUCUUCUGUUUCGACUACAAAGAAAAUCAAGUCCCUCAUCACCAACCAGCAGACACUUGCUCAUGCCCUCCUGUCCUCUACAAAACUGAUUGUAAGCAAUGAUGGCAAGAAGGUUAAAAGAAGAAUUCCAUUUACUGAUAAGGAUAAAGAAGAUUUGCAGUUACGGACAGUUGUUGCUGAGAAUUUACCAGAUGAUCACUCUCAUCACAACAUUGAGAAAAUAUUCAAGGUAGCUGGAAGUGUCAAAACCAUCCGCGUAUGCCAUCCCCAGGAUCCAAACUCAUCGCGUGCUAGAGGAGACAUUGGCAUUAGCAACAAGCUCCAUGCACUGAUUGAGUUUGAGAAUCCUGAAGCAGCAGAGAGAGCAGUAGAGAAGUUAAAUGAUGAAAGGAACUGGAGAAAGGGCCUAAGAGUGAGAUUGCUCCUUAGACGUUCACCAAAGUCUGUUCUAAAGAGCAGGAAGUCGGAUUUUGAUGGGUGUUUUGAUGAUGAAGAUUCUGAAUUGACUGAAGACUCUGAUGGCAAUAAUGUUGAAGAAAGCAUGGCAACAAACAAGAAAGCAUGGAAUAAAGGGCGUGGGAAAUUAAGAUCACGUACUCAAAUUUAUGGGGGACGGGGACUGCUUGCUGCACUUCCACAAUGCAACAGUAGUCCUAGCCUAAGUGAAGGACUAGUGAGACAGGUUACAAAAGGGCCAAGAAUGCCAGAUGGAACUAGAGGUUUUACCAUGGGAAGAGGGAAGCCUCUCACUAGUACUAAUGUUCAAUCCAGAGUACAUGUGGCCUAAAUGGAAUUUUGAUCAAUUUUCCGUUGGUUGCUAUGCUCUAUUCUUUAGAAAAUAGUCACCAAUUUUUUUGGGGGAUUUCAGAGUUUAAUUUUUGAGAAAUCAAGAAAAUAAUGUUAUGUUCUAGUUUUUCCAACUGUUUUGAGCAUUGAUUCAUUCAACAACAUAUAUAGCAGUAUAUAGGUCCUAUGGUCCAUGACGAAGGUCAUGGGCUUUCCCUUGAGACUAUUAGUAACUUGUUUUUGUCCUGGAAUUAUACAUCUGAGAUUUUGAUUCAGCUUC